AUGCGUUACUCCAUGAUCAACGGCCUUCUUCUUCUGGCUGUCUCUCCUCUGGCAGCCCUCGCCCUCCCAGUGGACCCCAACGACCAAGCCGGUCAGUGGGAUCCCAGUGGACAGUACCGCAAGGGCCACUACGACCAGAGCGGCCAGUUUAUCCCCAACAACGGCGACAACAGCUACAACCAAGUCAACCAGAACGGCUACGUUGACCGCAAUGGCCAGUGGCGCAACAACAACCAGAAUGGCCAAUACAACCAGAAUGGCCAAUACAACCAGAACGACCAGUACAACCAGGAUGGCCGCUGGCAACCUCGCUCCGUUGUAGCCCGCAACUGGCCCAAUGACAACCAGAACAACCAGGGUGGUUGGACUGAUGCCAAUGGCCAGUGGCACGCCAACAACAACCAGGACCAGAAUGGCUGGACCGAUUCCAACGGCCAAUGGCAUGCCAACAACCAAAACGACCAGAAUGGUUGGACUGAUGCCAACGGACAGUGGCACGCGAACAACAACCAGGACCAGAACGGCUGGACUGAUGCCAACGGUCAGUGGCACGCCAACAACCAAAACAACCAGGGAGGUUGGACCGACGCCAAUGGCCAGUGGCACGCAAACCAGAAGCGCGACCUGAUCCCCGGACAGAUAACGCCCACUGGCGCUGAGGCUGGCCGCCUGAACCAGCCUGGACUUGAGAAUAAGGCUGGGCCCAUCGGUGACUUGACUGCUCACACUCCCCACCGUCGCAGCUGGCGCCAGGAUGGUGAGAACAGCAACGGUGAUUACAACAACAACGAUGACUACAACCGCAAUGGCGACUACAACAACAAUGAUGACUACAACCGCAACGAUGACUACAACCGUGAUGAUGAUUCUUGGUACCGCGAGAACUGGGACCGUGCCUCGCGCGUCGCUCACGACCUGACCACUCCCACUCCCAUUUUCCCCCGUGAUGUUCCCAGCGCCGCCAACAACUGGAACUCCGUGAAUGGCGCCCAGACUACUCCUAGCGCUCAGAAUGGCCGCUACCAGAGCUAUGGCAACUACAAGAACUAUGGAUCCUACCAGAACUACCCUGCCAACCCUCAGGACCAGAACCAGGACAAGGAUAUCAAGGCUAUCACUGGCCAGCAGGAGUAA